AUGACGCGCACUUCUACACCUCCCACCCUACUCCAACUCCAAAGCGCAGACUCGGUAUCAUCUCAAGCUGCACUACUUCGCAGCUUGAAGAACGAAACGAUUGGUCAUGAUCAGCGCAAAGAGAUUUAUGUCAAGCGGGGAAUCAUUCCGGUACUCACCAAGGUUCUCACGUCACGGAAACUGAGCGGGAAGAGCGUUACGGCGACGGUUAAAGAAUCGUCUGGCAUCAAGUCGGAGGAAGACGAUGCUUGUCUACAGGCGAUCAUCAUCCUUGGUAGUUUGGCUCAAGGCGGCCCAGCGUUCCUUGCGCCCAUCCUCGCCAGCAAUAUACUUCCAACCCUCCUGUCAUUUCUGUCGUCUCCCAGCUGCCCUUCCUUCUUCCGCCUUCCCAUUCUCCGAACACUCAAUAGCAUCGCGGAUCGACUACCAUUGCAGAGUCAGCAGAAACUGAACAAGGAUACUCGUUUGGCCGAACUGCUCUUUUCUAAGGAGCAUGUGGGCUGCUUGGCUCAGAUCAUCGGGCAAGAUUAUACAUCUUAUCAGGCACAGGCUUCCAUUGAACUGGCUGCAUCGUUGAUUGGGAAGUUGUGCACCGAGGAGGCUCACAAGACUGUCCUGGCUGACUCGGGGGUGUUGGAUGCUCUUGCUGUCAAGGUCGCCUCGUUUGUAGUCGCCCAAGGGUUCGUUCUGCCUGGCGCAGAAGAGCAUGUCCAGGAGCCGGGCGCAUUGGGAUCCUUGCCCCCUCCAGCACCCCCGAGUGCCAAGCUCGCUCCAAUCCUUCGUGCGGUCACAGUGAUUAUCGAGCACUCCAAGUGGCGAGCCGAACAUUUCCUUUCGUCGCCAGGUAUUGUGACUGUUUUCCCCAAGCAGUUACCCGAAUUCGCUCCCUCGGACAUCAAAAAGGGCCCCUGGGGGUCGACGUAUUUCUCCGGUUCUGCCGUCCCCCGGCAUGCCGGGAUUAGCCCCCUUGAGAGUCUGCUGCCGUCGGUUCCAUUAUCUCCCUCGACGGCACCGGCGAAUGCAGCCAAUUUCCCACCUCUAGGUCACCAAGGGGGGCGCCGUCGCCCCAGCCACUCGUUCCCCACAUCCUUCUCGCUUUUUGAGUCGACAUCUACCGACGACGAUGAGAAUUGCAUCGUCCCCUGGCUGCUUUACAUGGUUCGUGCGGAGAACGGCAUGGUUCGCUUGAUGGCAGCUCGCCUCGUCACGGUCCUUUUCCGUCUUGGCCUGGCGAAGAAACAUCGCGUCUCCCUGCUUUCCUAUCUGUUGAUCCCCAUCCUUAUCCGAAUGCUCGACAAAGACUAUGAAAUACCGGGCGAUGACAGUGUCGAGUACGGUGGCUUGAUUCCCGCAACCGCGCGUGUUAAGGAGGAAGCCCCUGCAGUACUCGCAGCUCUGGUGAUUGACGAUCAGGAAUUGCAAAAACACGCCGUCGAUGGUGGCGCGAUUAAGCGAUUAUCACAAUUGCUGAAGGAGACCUACAAUCCGAUUCACGAGAAUACCAAGCCAAUGUGGCACCCGGACGCCGACGAAUCUGGUCCAAAUCCCGAUAUGCAACCACUAGAAUGUAGACUUGGACCACCCGGGUUCUCGCCAACUCAUUGUCAUGUAAUGCGAUAUCGGGAGAAUAUUUUGAAGGCACUUGCAGCUCUCGUUCCUUUCAAGGAUGAAUAUCGCAAGCUCGUGUGUGAGAAUGGAGUGGUGCCGUACAUUAUCGACUCUCUCAAGCCUUGCCCUAGCGAGCUGCCAGUGGACCCAUCGACUCUCAAGAACACUGCUACGGAUGGCAAUCCCACUCCGACUCUCUUGGCCGCUUGUGGUGCUGCGCGAAUGCUUACUCGUUCUGUGAGCGUCUUGAGAACCAGUCUGAUCGAUGCUGGUGUCGCUGCUCCUCUCUUCGUUCUGAUCCGUCAUCCUGAUAUCGAAGUGCAAAUUGCUGCGACGUCCGUAAUCUGCAACCUGGCAUUGGACUUUAGUCCUAUGAAAGAGGCAAUUAUCUCAUCGGAUAUUCUCCCGGUCCUAUGCGAGCACGCGCACUCGCCGAACACAAAACUUCGUAUCGAGUCAUUGUGGGCACUGAAACAUGUGUCCUAUAAUUCUGCCAACGAUGUUAAGGUCAAGAUAAUUGACGGCCUUGGGCCUGGGUGGAUCAAGCAGAUUAUUACGCAGGACCCUACAAGUGCCCUUGCGAAACGGGGAAUGGAAGGCGAUGUGGACAGUAGUGCGGCGGCGGGUAUGAGCCGAGCCAAUUCGGCCGGGGAACAAGUCGACCUUUUGAAUCCGGUUGAGGAUUCGCAAAGCCGGGGCGAAGAUCUCAAAAUGUCCGACACUCUGCCUGCCUCCAAGAUGAGCCUGGAGAUGUUUCUGCCGGAUGCGACCAGGCGGCGAAAGCUCGUGUUGAAUGGAGAUUUGGACCAGACCACACAGGCUCGACAGGAUGAUAUCGCGGUACAGGAGCAGACUUUCGACUUGCUGCGUAAUCUUGUAUGUGGGUCAGGAGCGUCGGAGAUGAUCGACCACCUCUUCAAGGAGAUUGGGCAGGACCUUAUCCUCGACGCGCUGGCGGACAAGCUUCGACCUCGCACCAUCAAUCUCCCCCACCGUCGGGAUUCCUCAGCCAGCCGUGCACUCAACGUUCCCACCGAGAUCCUCGUCUCGGUCACAUAUGUUAUCAUCCAUCUUGCCGCGAGCCUUCCAUGGCAUCGGCAAGUCCUGGUGUCGCACCCCACCCUUCUGCAACAUCUCAUGUGGUACUUUAACCACAGCCACCGAGACGUGCGUAUCAACUGUGUCUGGGUAGUCAUCAAUCUGACAUACGAAGACGACGCGAGCGACCACGAUGGCUGUCGCGAGCGAGCCUUCAAGCUACGGUCCCUGGGCGUAAUGGAGCGGUUGACAAGCCUCCUUGAUGACCCUGACCUUGACGUGCGAGAACGCACGAAAACGGCGGAGCAUUUGAUCAGUUCUUUGACGCAAACAUAG